CGCCAUAUUCAUCUAAAUGUCGCUGGAGUUUUGGUGCCGCCACCACUAGAGGUGGACGAUAUACUCUCGUUUUGGGUGGGAUGGACUUCUACAAACUACUGUUUCGACACAUUCCUCGGCAAUACUUAAAGUUUGUCGUUAAGAUCUGAGCUGCGAAUACGUUAAGGUUUUCUCAAAACAAAAUUGGAACCUCUUCAAUAUUUACCUGUGUAAACCUGCCACAUUUGAUCGCUGAGGACACAGGCUACCUGUUCCUGUACUUCAUAAGAACGAAGAUGAGUGAAGAGUGAACUUUUUGCUUGUUUUUGCAACGCUUCAUGAACGGCUUAUCUACUAAGUGCGGGAUGGGAUCUUGGCUAAAAGGCAGGAGCUAACUUCGACAAGGUGUAGCAUUAAAUAUGAGAAUUUGAGUAACAGGAAGCCUACACUCUUGCAUGACUCUGAGGACAAAGGAGGCGCGGCGUUUACUGAAGAGGAACGUUUUAUUAGAAUACAGGUAGUUUGAAAUAAUCAGAUUAAGGAGCAUCGCCACUGUGAUGUGACUUACUGCGAGUACUGACGUUCACGGGAGCGUAAGACACUUUGAGAAAAGUGAUUUUUGGGACUUCCACUAGCAUGGAAACCUGAAAUAUCCCUCUAUAACGGAAUUGUUUUAACUUACUGAGAUGAGGCCGUUAAAGCUCUUUGGUCCAACUGCCUUUGGACUUUUGUGGAGUUGCUGGGGCUUUCUACAAUGCGUUCAGUGUGGUUUGGGAGACAACCAUGUGCAUUCUAGUUUCAUUUACAGGAGGUUGCGUAACCACGAACGGAGAGAGAUUCAGAGAGAAAUUCUGUCUAUUUUGGGUUUACCGCACCGUCCCAGGCCGUUUUCUCCGGGAAAACAAGCGUCGUCGGCCCCUCUGUUUAUGCUGGACCUAUACAACGCCAUGUCGACGGAGGAGGAAGACGGGACGCUGGAGGGAACUGGGAAAGGGUCCCCGGGAAAGACCCCGGGAAGUUCGCGUAAAGGGUUCUAUGGCUCUCCACAUGGAUACUCCCGCGCAGCGCAGCCGUAUCGCUCUGCCUCUCUUGCUAGUCAAAGCCCUCCGCUGGCUACCUCACACGACACCAACUUUCUCAACGACGCCGACAUGGUCAUGAGCUUUGUCAACUUGGUGGAGAGAGACAAGGACUUUUCCCCCCAGCGGAGACACUACAAAGAGUUUCGCUUCGACCUGACGCAGAUACCGGACGGGGAGGCGGUGACCGCCGCCGAGUUUCGCAUCUACAAAGACCGCAGCCACGCCCGCUACGAGAACGUCACCCUGAAAGUCAGCGUCUACCAGGUGAUCAAGGAGCACCAGAACAAGGACGCUGAGACGUUCUUGCUGGACUCAAAAAAACUGAGAGCGUCUGACGGGGGCUGGCUGGUGUUUGACAUCACGGCCACCAGUAACCACUGGGUGCUCAACCCCCAACAGAACAUGGGCCUACAGCUCGCCGUGGAGACCAUGGACGGGCGAAGCAUCAACAUGAAGUCGGCGGGCAUCGUGGGGCGGAACGGCCCGCAGGCCAAGCAGCCCUUCCUGGUGGCCUUCUUCAAAGCCAGCGAGGUGCUGCUGCGCUCGGUGCGAGCCGCCGGGGGCAAGCGCAAGAACCAGAACAGGAACAAGUCCGCGGGGCAGCAGGAGAGCGCGCGCGCGCACAAGGGAGGAGACCAAAACAUCAGCGAACCGAAGCAAGCCUGCAAGAAGCACGAACUGUACGUGAGUUUCCGAGACCUGGGCUGGCAGGACUGGAUUAUUGCGCCUGAAGGAUACGCCGCCUUUUACUGCGACGGAGAAUGUUCCUUCCCUCUCAACGCGCAUAUGAACGCAACCAACCACGCCAUAGUGCAGACCUUGGUCCACCUUAUGUUCCCGGACAACGUGCCCAAGCCGUGUUGCGCCCCGACCAAACUGAACGCUAUCUCCGUCCUGUAUUUCGACGACAGCUCCAACGUUAUCUUGAAGAAGUACAGGAACAUGGUGGUGCGUUCCUGUGGCUGCCACUGAGAUAGCGCUCGCUAGCCUUUCGGAUGAGCCGCGGCGAUGGAAGACGUAUCAGCGGCACAGAUGCUCUAUCUGAGGUGUGAUGUACAGUGUUAUGUAUAUAUUAGUUCUUUGUACUUAUUUAUUUCCCCCUUGGGAUAAUACUCCUUAUUCCCCCCCCCCC